AUGACUCCUCGCUCUCGCGCUCGCUCGCCACCACGGCCAAUCCUCAAGCGGGACUCGUAUCCCGCACCUCUGGCGGAGGAACUUCCUUUCACGACGUGUGACUACAUACUCUCCCCUCACGUCCACUUCCCGCCCACCCCCCACAUGUCGUCGCUGCGCUUCACUCAUUCACCUACGACCUACGAUCGCGCACCGAUUAUCGUCUCUCCGAAUGGACACCUCCAAUUGCCCAAGCGCGGAGAGCGCAAGCUCCACUCGCCUCCGGCGAACUUCGACAACGAACGGCGGGGCCGUUCUCGCAGUCGGAGCUCCAGUCGUGAGCGCGGCGGCGAUUCACCGGAGGACGUAAAGGGGAGCUACUUCCACCCGCGCGCAUUCGAAGCCUGCGCCCCGGAGCCGCUCGAGGUUCCCACCACAAUGCUUGACAUUCCAUCUCCGCCCAUCCUUGUUCCGGACCUAUCGCCUUCGGAGGAGUCCGAUGACCUCGUGGAGACGCCGCCAGACCCGAGCGCAAUGGUCGCAGCGUCCAUUCACGCCUUGAACCCUGCCUUCACGGCGCCUUCAUCAGCCGCCAAGGGCGAUGUUCGUACCAACGCUGGGAAUCGCCCUCAGCCACGUUCGCCGAGGCGGCCAAAGGGGAGGCCGUCCCUGAGAAGGAGCGGUGCUAUCGUGACGUUUGCUCCGGAGUUGGAUGAAGGAUGUUUGGGAGGUUUCUGA